AUGUACAGAUAUUUGUUUGUCGAGGCCACAGCAGUACCUACGAAAGGAAGAGCACCCGCGGCUACACCGUCCGUGACAUCUGCCGCUGCUGUCAGGGCUGCUAAGCAGCGUGCACAGGCGGUUGAUGAACUGGACCACCUGAUCAGAGGUGAUUGUACGGCUUCCAAGUCCUAUCAGGCAACGGACAAUGUUGCAGUUCCCGAUACGUCUGCGAAGUCAUCCAAGGAUACGGCUAUAGCGGUGGCUCAAUCUCAAGUGGCGGACGCACAACGUACUGUCGAACUACUGACUCCAACCGCUGCAAAGAAAACGAUUAAUGCCGACGAUAAGAAAGCUUGCUACUUCGAGGCUCACGCUCAUGCGUUGGAAUUGGCUAUUGAUCGAGAAGAUACAGGUCUCACCCUCAAUGCUGCUCUCGACGAUGCGAAUGGAGACCUGCCUAAUUUGGAGUACAAAUAUCGAUCCGCUGGUAAGGAGGCGGACCGAGCGGAGACAGCGCAGCAACGGCCACAAAUGAACUACAAAAAUUGA